AUAAUUCACUCUGAAAAUCACAUUCAAUUGGUAAGAACAGAGAAAUGCUAAUUCCUCGGACUAUUUUUUUCCUGGCAUUGCUGUUACUGGCCAGGAGCGAUGUUGCGGAAAGAAAUACGGCAGCCAUUUGCGAGUUUUUCCAACAUGUCCAGGCACUCCAAGAUGACCAGUGGGAAGACUCAGUGAAUCUGAUGAAGAGACUUCUGGGUGAAAUGGUCACUGCAUUAUUGCCCUAUCCUGAGUAUGGGGAAUACAAGGACACCAUGCUGGCCUAUCUUGAACGCGGAAAGGCUAUUGUUCGGUCAAGUUCUAUGCAAGAAAAGAUAGCAUAUUUUCGAGGUUUCAAUGAGGGUGGUGACCAACCAAUGUUGACAGGUUCUCCCGCCAAAAAGGAAGAGCUUACUAGACCCUUAAUCAAUUUCCGAUCAAACAUGAUAAUGAAUGUCUACACAGAAUUACACAAAAAGUUGAUCAAAGCUGCAGACGAAUUGGAGCGAGUGGUUAGCUUUUCAGAUAACCUUUCUAGAGGGGAACCAUUCAUACUCCUUGAUCAUUAUCGAAAGGAAGGCAUGGGAGUUUUGACUGAAAACAUUGCCACUCGUAUCCUAGAAUUUAAGGAACUUUAUCAAUGUGUUUAGAUAAGAAACUCCGCAAAAGUGUUAUUUUUACAGUGUAAUGAAUGGAAUUUAUUUGCACCAAAUUAGCGAAAUUAAAUACUACGUUGGUAGGUUUUUGAAAGUUUCUUGUAACAUUUUCGCUUUAGAUUGAACUGCAGUAAAGGAUAUUUUUUCAAACUUGUUAGUCGUAAAUUAAAAUAUUUCCCAAUAAAUACAAACAUGAUUAAUUCGACUUGAUUGUUAAUGCUGAUCAUUAGGUAGUUAGAUAUGAUAUGUAGUUUACAGGUUCAGAAAUACUCCCUCUUAUAACUCUAAUUGAA